CAUCAAGGGGACACCGGUAGCUAGCGUCAUCCCGAAUCAGAAAUACGCUUUCUUUCAAUAUACAUGUUGGUCUGUGCCAGAUUUGUUUAUCUGUUCCAUCAAUAUGGUAAGACUCCCUCCCUAAUUCUUAUUUUUCCAACGGUUGAGUUACGUUUGGGCAUAGAAUUUAGCGUCCUGUCCAGUAGCUAUCAAGACAAGCUCCCUCACGCUACAGAAACAGGUGAAAUAUUGGCCUACCAUCGGCCAUUCUGGCUCAUACAUUACUUUAUUUACUGUGUGUCUCGAAAACACAGCUGCUGUCAAACCAGUGUUCAGUAAGCUCUGAGCCUGAUGCAUCUGUCCUCUUAAGGAAUAAAUAACUAUUAGAAUCAACACAGUCUCAAAUCUUGCAAAUGAAUGUUAGAGAGGAUGAUGACACAGAGACAGAUAGGCCUGCAGGCAAUUCCAGAACCCUCACCUUGGCGGUGUGCUCCGCUGCCAUCGGUGGCACCUUCCAGUACGGCUACAACCUCUCCAUCAUCAACGCCCCCACCAACCACAUCCAGAGGUUCAUCAAUGACACAUACUGGGAGCGCUGGGGAACCGGCCUAGACACCUCCCAGGUGACCCUGCUGUGGACCGUGAUCGUGUCUGCCUUCUCCCUGGGUGGCCUGACCGGGGCUCUUCUGGCAGGACCCAUGGCUGUCCGCUGUGGCAGGAAGAACUCACUACUUCUCAAUAACUCUUUCUUGUUCCUCGGUGCAGUCCUCGCCCUUACCAGCAGGGCGGCGAGGUCAGUUGAGAUGAUUAUUUUUGCCCGCCUGCUAGUAGGGGUCAACGCUGGAGUGAGCAUGAACGUCCAGCCCAUGUAUUUCGUAGAGAGCGCCCCCAAACACCUGCGUGGCGCUGUGGCCUUCUCCUCGGCCGUGUUCACUGCAUUUGGGAUCUUCCUGGGCCAGGUGGUGGGUCUAACGGAGCUGUUGGGUACCGAGCCCCUCUGGCCCUACCUCCUGGCCAGCAAUGCCCUCCCAGGCCUCCUCCAGCUACUCACCCUGCCCUGGUUCCCUGAGAGCCCCCGCUACCUGCUCAUGGACCGGAGGAACAAGGAGGCGUGCGCCCGGGCUCUGGGUAGGUUCCGCGGUGGGGCUGACUUCAGCCUGGAGAUGGAGGAGAUGCUGCAGGAGCAGGCUGACGCCGGUGGGGCCACGGCCAAGAGUCAGACUCCCUGGGACCUGUUCUCCAACCGCUCCCUCCACCCCCAGCUACGCACUGUGAUGGCUGCUAGCAGUGCCAUGAUGCUGUGUGGUAAUGACUCCAUCUACUUCUAUGCCUCGUACAUCUUCCUAGCAGCAGGGAUCCCUGUGGAGAAGGUCCAGUAUGUUUCUAUCGGCACUGGGGCCUGCGAGUUCACUGCUGCCGUCGUGUGUAACCUGCUGGUUGAGCGUGUGGGCCGCAGGAUGCUCCUCAGUGGCGGAUACGCCCUGAUGGCGGUCUGGGCGCUGGUCUUCACCCUGGCCCUGACCCUCCAGGGCUACUCUGUCCCAGGGAUGCCCUAUCUCAGCAUGGCCUGUGUGUUCUGCUAUAUCCUCAGCUUCGGUAUGGGCCCUGCCGGGGUUACGGGAAUCUUGCCUGCUGAGAUCUUUGACCAGACGGCUCGGCCUGCGGCCUACAUGGUGGCUGGGUCCCUCAUGUGGAUCAACCUCUUGAUAGUAGGCAUGGCUUUUCCAUUCAUAGUGAGUUACCUCAAUGCGCUCUGCUUCAUCCCGUUCUGUUGCGUCUGUGUGGCGACCUCUUUGUUUGUGGGCCUCACUCUGCCCGAGACCAAGGGCAGGACACUGGCUGAGAUCACAGCAGAGUUUGAUAGGAGGAGUCUUUUGAAGAAGGGCCCAGAGAAGCAGGGGCCCGAGCCCAUGAAGGAGCAAUAUCAGCUGGAUGACAGAGUCAUUGCAUUGCAAGAGGUCACCAUUCCAAAGGGUAUGGAGGCCACUACAGUUAAACAGAUCAUAACACAUUUGUUUGGAUUGAAUUCUGCUAAUGUGACACAGACAUUUAAGAUAAGAAACCAAAAGGGCUGUCUGAUUCCAUUCAACAGCUUUAUACCGGUGAACAGCAAGCACAUGCCAUAUGUGCUGGAAGUGGCAACAGUCUUUCAGCAUGUCAUUCCAAAACCACGGACCAUUGCCAUGACAGUAAUCAAUAAAAGUAUGCGAACAAGACUACAAGGUGUUGUCAGAAGGAUAGUGAGACUUGAAGAACUGUUUCCUCAGAUUAAAUUAAGACGUCAUGAGAAAAUUUAUCAGGAAAUAGAGUUGCUGAACCAACAGUUGAGAUUUCUUCAUAAAAGAAUGCAGAUGGCUGAUUCUCACAGCUGGAUGGGGAUGUUCAUCAGAACCCCUAUGUGGUAGAACAAAACACCUAGCCCCAACAUGUUUUAUGUACUUUCCAUUUGUUUAUACUGUCAAAUCUGCUCAUAUGGCUAUGGUAAAAUUAAGAGUAAUGGUAAAUCUGGUUAAUAUAUAUACCUAUUAUGACAUUGUAUUAUCUGUAGUGUAGCAUAUCUUGAAAAUGUAUGAGUUUGAGUGGUGUAGAAAAUCAAUUUGCUGUUGGAGGUAUAAAAUGUUCACCCCCCCAAAAAAACUGAGCUUAUUAGUAUUUUGGGCACGGUAGUUCCAACUAGCCUUUGUACAAGUCUGUUUGUGCGAUCAUUCCACCACCUGACGUGGCAAGGAGUAGAAUGAUAUCACAAACAGACUUGUACCCAGGCUAGCUCCAAACCACUUGCGGUAUAAAACGAUUGGCAUGAUGCUUUAGUGCUUUGCUACAUGAUUGUGCAACCUUUCCAUCCCCAUUACUGAUGAAAUAAAAAGGGUUUUUGUCAACUUUA